GUUAUCCUGAAUACCACAUGUUUAACAAUUUGCCUUGUGACAUUAGCCAGUGUUUUUCACUGCCUCCAAAAUAUCAAAAUUGCUCUGGAAAUUGGAGAUAUACUUGAUUUAAAAGAAAUAACUUUAACAAAUGGACAAUAUGUCUAUUACAAAUACACCAACAAGUAAUGAUGCUUGUCUGAGCAUUGUACAUAGUUUGAUGUGCCAUAGACAAGGUGGAGAGAGUGAAACAUUUGCAAAAAGAGCAAUUGAAAGUUUGGUAAAGAAGCUGAAGGAGAAAAAAGAUGAAUUGGAUUCGUUAAUAACAGCCAUUACUACAAAUGGAGCUCAUCCUAGUAAAUGUGUUACCAUACAGAGAACAUUGGAUGGAAGGCUUCAGGUGGCUGGCCGUAAAGGAUUUCCUCAUGUGAUCUAUGCCCGUCUUUGGAGGUGGCCUGAUCUUCACAAAAAUGAACUAAAACAUGUUAAAUAUUGUCAGUAUGCAUUUGACUUGAAGUGUGAUAGUGUCUGUGUGAAUCCAUAUCACUAUGAACGAGUUGUAUCACCUGGAAUUGAUCUCUCGGGAUUAACAUUGCAGAGUAAUGCUCCACCAAGUAUGUUGGUGAAGGAUGAAUAUGUACAUGACUUUGAGGGACAGCCAUCAUUAUCCACUGAAGGGCAUUCAAUUCAAACCAUCCAGCAUCCACCAAGUAAUCGUGCAUCGACGGAGACAUACAGCACCCCAGCUCUGCUAGCUCCAUCUGAGUCUAAUGCUACCAGCACCACCAACUUUCCCAACAUUCCUGUGGCUUCCACAAGUCAGCCUGCCAGUAUACUGGCAGGCAGCCAUAGUGAAGGAUUGUUGCAGAUAGCUUCAGGGCCUCAGCCAGGACAGCAGCAGAAUGGAUUUACUGGUCAGCCAGCUACUUACCAUCAUAACAGCACUACCACCUGGACUGGAAGUAGGACUGCACCAUACACACCUAAUUUGCCUCACCACCAAAACGGCCAUCUUCAGCACCACCCGCCUAUGCCGCCCCAUCCCGGACAUUACUGGCCAGUUCACAAUGAGCUUGCAUUCCAGCCUCCCAUUUCCAAUCAUCCUGCUCCUGAGUAUUGGUGUUCCAUCGCUUACUUUGAAAUGGAUGUUCAAGUAGGAGAGACAUUUAAGGUUCCGUCAAGCUGCCCUAUUGUUACUGUUGAUGGAUAUGUGGACCCUUCUGGAGGAGAUCGCUUUUGCUUGGGUCAACUCUCCAAUGUCCACAGGACAGAAGCCAUUGAGAGGGCAAGGUUGCACAUAGGCAAAGGUGUACAAUUGGAAUGUAAAGGUGAAGGUGAUGUUUGGGUCAGGUGCCUCAGUGACCAUGCAGUCUUUGUACAGAGUUACUACUUAGACAGAGAAGCUGGGCGUGCACCUGGAGAUGCUGUUCAUAAGAUCUACCCAAGUGCGUAUAUAAAGGUCUUUGAUUUACGGCAGUGUCAUCGUCAGAUGCAGCAGCAGGCGGCCACAGCACAAGCUGCAGCAGCUGCCCAGGCAGCAGCCGUGGCCGGAAACAUCCCUGGCCCGGGAUCAGUAGGUGGCAUAGCUCCAGCUAUCAGUUUGUCAGCUGCUGCUGGGAUCGGGGUGGAUGACCUUCGUCGCUUAUGCAUCCUCAGGAUGAGCUUUGUGAAAGGCUGGGGACCGGAUUACCCAAGACAGAGCAUCAAGGAGACGCCUUGCUGGAUUGAGAUUCACUUACACCGGGCCCUUCAGCUCCUAGAUGAAGUACUUCACACCAUGCCUAUUGCCGACCCACAACCUUUAGACUGAAACCUUCACUGUUGGAGCCCUUAACAUUCAUUGUCAGGAUGGUGGACUGUAACAUACAAUCCUGUUUAUAAUCUGAAGAUAUAUAUCACUUUCGUUCUGCUUUAUCUUUUCAUAAAGGGUUGAACACAUGUUUUGCUGCCUUGCUCCUAGCAGACAGAAACUGGAUUAACCCCCCCUCCCCCCCGCCCCCAUUUAGAACUUUUCAGGCAUGGCUCAGAACUUGAAGGUCAGGAAAAACACAUUCUUAUUAAAUUUACUGCACCAGUUAUGUAUGAAGGAAUCAUUCCAAUCCUGGAAAAUUUAGCCCUUUAAAAUGGCGUAGACAUUUUUCUAUGCAGAACAUUGGUAUAUGUGCUAUUCUAAAGAGUAAACUCAAUAUUGCUGAUUUUAAAGGCAGAGAUGUUCUCAAAGUUAAUUCACCUGUUGUUUUGUGUGCACGUUGUUAUUGUUGAGCAGACUCUACUCCAAAAUAUUGUGCCAUGUGGGUGAGUUAAUGUUACCAAGAGCAACUUUACUCUGUGUUUAAAAAAUAAGACAGUGAUGUAUUCUAAUCUUUUAUCCAAAAUAUAUUUUCUGCAAGUUAAACUAGUGAAGAUGAUUUCAAUUCAGAUUGUCUUGCGACUUCCUUUUCUUUUCACCAAGGCAAAACACUAAUCUCUGUGAAUACUGAGAAUUCCUUAAAAUUAUCAGACAAAGAAAUACCAUUUACAAGUUCAGUAGUUAUCCCAGUUGGAUAACGAUUUCUUGAGUAGUAUCACUUUUCCCUGGUAAGCAGUAGAUGUAGUCUAUAUUUCCAGGCACAGGGUUGGUUACCAAGAAGCCUAGAAGAGCCAUUUCUUUCCUUCAUUAAUUCAUGGGGAAAGGUUUUGUAUUUUUAAAAACACUAAAAGCAGUGUCACUCCUCCAGUUCUCCAUUCUGCAAAGGUGGCAGUGCUUAAGAGUAAAUGAUGCGCAUUUUGGAAACUGCUAAGUUCUAUGUCAGAUCCUGUGCGGACUAAUGGAAACAUUACAGCUUAUAAUAGGCAGUUUGGAUAUUUUUGUACUUGAUUUGAUGUGACUUCUUUUUCAUAUACUCUUUAAAUCAUGUAUGCUAUGACAUUGUUUAAAAUUCAGUUUUUGUAUCUUGGGGCAAGACUGCAGACUUUUUAUACCUUUUGGUUUUUCUAAGCCCUUUGCCAUCAAUGAUCAUAUCAAUUGGCGGUGACUUUGUAUAGAGAUUUUAAGUAGAAAAGUUGCAAAUGUAUUGACUGUACCACAGACACAACAUGUAUGCUUUUUACUUAGCUAGUAGCAUAAAUAAAACCGAAUCUCAACAUACAAAGUUGAAUUCUAGGUUUGAUUUUUAAGUUUUCCCUUUUGCACUUUUGAGUCCAACCUCAGUGGCGAGACACCUUCUAGGAAAUGGCAGGCAGCAGCCAGUACUGCAGCUUUGGUUUCCCCUUGCUCUACCGGGACUUCCCCGGGGACAUGAGGUAGCAAGUGUAGAGUUGGUAUUUUGAAGUUUUAUUUUACUGUAGCAAAAGUAGGCCUGGUUGUCUCCAAGAUAAGUAGGUUGUCUACAGAAUACAUAGUGUGGCAUAAAAUCAAGGAUUGUCUUUCAGAUGCUUUUACUGUCUGCUUGGAGGGCCUUUCUAAGCAUAAUAAGAUUCUAAGGUGUGUUCCAAGCUUGAGAAACACUUACUAUGCAUGCUGUUAUCCUUAUAUCAGCUUAGAUGAACAAGUCUUCAGCUUCCUUGCUCAGAAGGUGUUCUUAAGACCACCCUAGAAACCAAUAGGUUAGCUUAUUGCUGUGAUUCAAAUAUAGAUUUUGAUCCAAGCUACAUGGCUUUUUUUUUCAAAGUAUUUCUCUACCAACAUACUUGUACUCUUGAGUACUAACAACUCCUUUUGUUAAAGACCCCAUUACAACCUGUGAAAGUUUGAUGAUUUAAGUAGUAGUGCCAGAUUUUUAAAAAGGUAUCAUUGUUUCAUAGAAAUUAUUUACCCCAUUUUACUGUGAAUGAGGAGUAGGAGUAGUGAGAAGAGUUUUAGAAUGGCAUAUUUAAGAAAAUCCAGACUAUUUGACUAGAGCCGUAAGCAUGCUAUGAUAAAAUCUAUUGCCUCCUUUUCUAUUUUAAGGAAGGUUUUCAUGUUUAAUGAAACAUGAAAUCUUGGUAAUCAUUUGUGGAAAAUAUUUGCAAGGAAGUUUGUCUUCAGGCCUAGCCACCUGUCUUGGUUGCUUUCUGCUAAGAGCCAUACAAGUACAUAAAAGUAUUUGCAGUUAUUAAUUGCUUUAUAUUUGUACCCAGAUGCAAUCACAUGCUUUUGAGAAAACAUCUAGUAUGUUAUGAUCAGUUAUUCCUGAGAGCUUAGUUGUUAAAUUGGUAUUUCCAUUUCUUAAAUGUAGUCAUCUUUAAUGAGUAAGAUAAAGGAAUCACUAGGUUUACAAUUUAGGGGUACAAUAGUUUCUGCAGUUCUAAGAAUCUGAUUAUUAUAAGGAUAUGGUUCUGAAUGAGUGUUCUCAGCUAUUUCAUAUGUCAAAGACUUUCAAAAUGUUGAAUUUCAGUGAAGGCUGAGAGGUGAACCAAGUAUGUACUUUUUCAUCCAGUGUGAGGCCCGUUACACAUUGGUCCAGUGCCUUUCAUACUCAAAGGAAAUCCUUUAUGGUGUUGCCUUUAUUUUCCAGGGAGUAGAUUCUUUUGUGAGAUAUAGUCUGUCUCCUUUGUAAAAGUAUGCUACGCCUGGUAUACAAAGACAAUGACAAGAAAUCACUGCCAUAUAACCUUGUUUUUCCAGAAGCAUGGCUCCUUUUUAUUGACCGACUAAAUAGGUCGCCUGUUCCAUUUCUCCUGGAAACAUUGUAGGUUUACAGGUUGGGUGGUCUGGCUUACGGACAACCAUACUUGAAACAUCAGAGUAAACUGAAUACCUAGUAGCUUUUAAAAUCCAUUUUUUGUGGGGAAGGGUGUGGCGUAAAGGGAGGUAUUUGUAAUAGUAAUUUUGAAGGCAAAAUAUAAUGUCCUGUCUUGCAGAUGAUAAAUGUCUUAUUUUAAAAGUGUAUUGCAGUUAUCUUCUUUAUUGUGCCCAUCUGGAGACGGGAAGUUGUACAUUUUCCCAAGCUGCUCCUUCGCUAUCUGUGGAGGUUAAAGAAUAGAAGGUGAAAUAUUUCUGUUCCUGGUUUGGUGGUGACUGGUGGAUAGUUGUUACUCAUUAGCUAUUAUGCAAAAUCAGGUUAGUUUACAUCUGUUUUGAGAGUCUUUUGGAAGAAGCAAUUUUAUUCUGAGUAGGGCAGAAUCCUUUUUGUUCAUAGUUUUUAUAGUUUGCUCCCUUUAUCAUUGAGUCACUUAGUGGCAUUUUAUUUAAGGACAGCAAGUUGGGAAAAGGGUAAAUUUAGGUCACGGAGGUGAAUGAGCAUCUGAAAGCAAUUGCCUGUAAAGUCAGUUAACAACUCUUUUGUAGAUGGGGCUUGACAAAGACUAGCAGAUAAUAGAAUGAAGAAAUGCAUUCUUUUUCCUUCUAGAGGCAGAACGCAUCAUCUUGCAGGUGGCUCACUGUAAAUAAUCACCCAAAUCCUCCUUUGCAAGAUUAUAGAAAUAGGCUAGGAGUAUCUUUUGUGCAAGCCUUUCCCCCCUUUUUUUUUCCUUCUGACAACUAGGUAAUUUCUCUUCAGCUAUGUUAGGAAGGAUAUAAAAAGUUAGUGGCCUUAUUCAGAGCAGCAUCCUCGAGCCCAGCCUUGUCCCCAGCACUGGUCCCAGUGUUACUAGGUGGUUUAUCUUGUAUGGUUGUGAAAUGGAAUUUUUUGCAUAAUCCAGACUUGCCUUAUUUAAGCAGUAAAACGUUUUUAUUUCAGCCAUUUCUUUGAUGGAGUUAUUUAAUAUGGUCAGAGAACAUACUGGAUAUGUUUCUUUUUGUGCCUAGCUCUCUUCCUCAACUUCUCGGGGGCAUAGACAGGGCUCUUUGCCUUUACUAAGUGGUUGCAGAGUUGCUGUGGUUUUGAAUGUUUCGUUUUUACCCUUCCCGCUCUCCCCCAUCUUCUCCCUCUCUGACAGUGACACUUGCUGUGCGUUGUUAGUGUACCUCCCCUUAGUACCUCUUCUUCCCUUUCUGAUUCAUUUUUUUUUUUUCCCCAGCUGCUUGGGCAAGGAAGCCAGAUAACCACGCUUAUUAACACUUUCUUUGACUACAAGGGCAAACUGGGACAGGACCCGAGAAACUUCCUGUACACGAUUGAAAGGCCUUCAGUGCUUUGGCGUUUGACUGCUUCAAGUGCUUCUUGAUUCUUGCUCAGUUUCAGGUUGUUGAGGCAGAGGGAAGUGAGUCAUAUUCCUAUUUUCCCUCUUUGCAAGAUUUUUAAAAGGUUUCAUUGCUUCCACUUGAAUGCUGCUCACAUAAAAAUUGGGGUUACAGGGUUAUGAAAUUAGGUAUCAAUAGCCAGAGGCAAUACCCUUGCCUAGAGGACACCAACAAAACAAAACAAAACACAACAAAAACAAAGCUUGGAAAAUGAGAGGAUCAUUUUUGUUUUGUUUUGGUGUCUCCUUUUGAGCCCUAUGCUCUGGCCUUCCUCCUCCACAGAUAUUUUUGACCUAUAGGUGCCUUUAUGAGAUUUGAGGGUUUGAUAUCCAGCCCCAAGGAGUAGCUAAAGUAAUUGCUGAUGUUUUCAGGGAUUUUACCAUCAGACUUGAGUGAAUGAAUGAACCUCUUUUUUUUUUUUUUUUAACUAGGAAGGACUGAGGAGAUAAGUCUAGUGAAGACAAUCAUUUCUCUUACGGAUGUGGAUAGUUUUCAGUUUAAGAUGCUUCCUCGGUAGGUCUCUGAGCCAGUGCUCUUGUUCAGCCUGAGACGAAUGACUCCUGUCUCUCCAGUUGUGCUCUGCCACCAAUUUGAUGUAUGACCUUGGGCAAGUCAUUUACCUUCUUUGGGCCUCAGUUGCCUCAUCUGUAAAAUGAGGGAGUUGGACUAGAUGCUUUCUUCCAGCUCUGAAGUGUCAGUGGCCUUGCCUACCUUGCAGCAGUGUUCGAUUUCUUCCUCCCCUUUGCUCUGCUGUUUGAGAGGGCUUUUUUACUUGUUUCUACAUUAUUUGAAUGAGACUAGGCUUGAGAUUUUAUUACUAUUCUCCUAUGGACAAAAAGUUACAUAAUACGUCCCUAAGACUUAAAUUCAACCAAAGGCUUAGCACUACCUUGGGGCUGCCAUAAAUACUUAAAAAAAAAGAGGGGGGGGAAAGCCUUCAUUUUAUUUUCCCAUCAUCUCUGUUGAAGGCUUAGUAAGGCUUUUUUUAAGUCAUGACAUUCUAACUUUUGGGUUGGUAUGUGUGUGACAGCAUCCCCUUAAGGGCUGUGCUGGUAAUUUUUUUGUUUAACUGAAAUGGAUUGAAAACUUACUGUAAAUGCCUAAUGAUAGUAGAGGUCAUUACUUUGGGUCUUUGGUUUUUUUAACUCUUCUAUGCUUAGAACAGGGACAUACCUUUGAACUGCAUCAAUUAAAAAUGGUUUGUACAACUCAAUGAAACAUAGUGGAUGAUUAUUCACUUUAUUCUUGGCUCUUUUUAGUCCAUUUUGAUUAGAAGACUUUUGGCUGGAGCAUUUCUUUUAGAGUUCUCUUCCAGCCCAUCGUGGAUGAGUGUUAACUAAUGAACUGGGCUUUUACAAGGACCUGAGAGCCUUCAUUAGGGCUGGGUCAAGGGUGGGGGUUGGGGAGUCCUGGUAGAGGCCAGCUCUGUGGUAGCUGGGCAGGAAGGGAUGGAACCAGCUGCUGUUGCUAUGGCUGCUAGUCACUGAUAGAAGGACUCAUGGGUUUGAAUUGGUUAAAAGGCUAAACAUGGAGUCGGCAGACUUCCUCCAGGUGUUGGGUUCUGGCCAAUGCCUCAGACAUGUGAUUUAAGGGAAAAGUGUGAAUGCUUGUUGAUGAAAACUUGGUGGGCUGCAGAACCAUUUGGAGGAAGCAGCUGGGGGUUGGAAGAGAUUUGGUCGUGGCUUUCCCAGCUCUGCCUCCUCCCCUGAACUCAGAGGAGAGCAGCUACGCUAAAGCUCAAAGAGGAGCCACGCUGAGCUUCUGCUUUGAGGAAACCGGCCAGCUAAAGUGCCAGGCGUUCUCUGUGGCUUUCUGUAUUCUUUUUCCCUGGGCGAAGUCUGUGGCUAACAAAUAGUUGAACCUUUCCUGAGAACUCUGUAACAAAGUAUGUUUUUGAUUAAAAGAGAAAGCCAAUUAAA